AUGGUGAAGAGUGGUGACAGUGAAAUCCAGCUCAGUGAUAACAUUCCGUCUGAAGUUUGCGCUACAAGUAAGGAUUUACAAGCUGAUGAUGCAACGAAUCAAAUGUCAACCAGUGAAGAUCCCGCAGUUCAAAGUACAGUGAAUGUUGUUGCUCCUGAGCUUCGAAGGUCAAGUCGAAGAAAAAAAGGCAAAAUGCCUGAAAGACUGAACUUGUGAACAUUAUCUAUGGUGUUAUUACUAGAAGAUUAUCAUAGUUUACUUUUAGAUGAAUAUUUAUUUAGAUAGUCGUAAAUGAACAGUCUGAAAAAGAGGAGAAAAAAAGUGUUUUUAGAGGAGAGGGGAUGUCGUGAUUUGCAUGUUUACGUCACAUUCGGUUUCAUAGCUAUAAAUACUUCAUGUAAGAAUGUUCAAGGUUGUUAUUGAAUAUAGUUUUUUGUACUUUUGUUUGUGUGACUUCUUGUCAAUUUAUCCGCCUAAAUUUGAACCCAAACCUACAACAAUCGUAUUUAUUUAACAUGUGGUGUCUAUUGUUGGCCAUAUACCGGGUGGGACUAAAAAAAGUACGACUGUUUGAUUUACUAUGACUCAAAAACUAAAAGAGCUAUUACACUUAAAUAAAUCACCCUAUAUUCCGCGAUGUUUAACUUAGAUUUUGAUAUAUGUCUGGUGCAUUUUCAUGCGAUUAUGACUGAGAUAAUUGUGUUUAAACUUACGCAAACAUUUUUGGAACCGCUAAUAAUUAGCCGAAAAGCCCCUAUUAAACUUCAAUAACCGUUACGAUUUGUUCGCGAUUAUUGUUUCAAUGAAGUGAAGUCGAAGUUAUAGAAAUAUUUCUUCAUUCACAGACUUUUUAUUUUUUGUUUUACGAUGUUGGGCAAUGGAUGUGAACUUAUAAGGCCGAUUUUAUUAAAAGUUUUGUUCUUAGAAGGUAUCCGAUACUCGUGGGAUAGGUAGUCUGUAUGUUCUAAUGAGUCUAGAACGAGCUGUCCCAUUUCACGGGCAAAAUAUUGCAAUUGUGCCGGGGGACAUGCAUUUGCUGAUGAAUAGAUGAUUGCUUUUGAACAACAAGCGUCAACGUACUGACCAUAGAGUAUAACGCGUCUUAACACAAGAUGUUUUUGUAUAUAAAGGUAUUAAUAUUUAAUAGGCCGUUUUUAGCUUAAUUCUCUCAGUUUCAAAAAUGUUACUCUUGUUCAAAUGCACGUAUCUUUGUCAAUAUGGCAUGGAAAUGUGCAUGGCAUAUAUCAAAAUUUAAGUUAGACAUCGCUGAAUGCUAAUAAACGUGUUUUAUUGUCAUUGCUCUUUUAGUUCUGAUGUUAUACUAAUUAAAAAAGUCGUACUUUUUUUUGCCCCACCCGGUACAUAUACAGGUUUGUAAUAUCAUGACAUACAAUGUUCCUGACAUCCAUAUUGUAGAUUGGAAACAAGUACAGUAAUUUAAUAAUACAUGUCAGAUUCCACCCAUUGCAUUAGAUGUAAUAUAUCCAUACAAUCUUGUAAAUCAGCAUUAUUGUUUUAAUAGGAAACAUUUCUGUUAAUCCAGAAGUUUCCAUCCUAUUAUACAUGCGAUGUAAUAUAUCCAUAUUAUAUUUUGACUGUAACAACCAUUUGGUUUCAUCCAGCACCAUUCACAUCCUUCAGAAUUGCAAAACUAUAGAAAAAAUAAUUGGUAGCACGAGAUAUUAGGCACUACAGAAUAGGCAAUUCCAGCUUUUGGUUUAUCUCGAUCUCGACAAUACAUAACUCGCUCUGGAGAAACCACCGCGUGUCAAGAAUAGUGUGCUGCCUCGCUACGCUCGGCAGCAACUAUACAACAGUCUGAAUAAUAUAAAAGAUUGGAUUCAACUUCGUUUGCAUUAUUUUAACCAAUUGUGGAAUUACAUUUCUGAGGAAUUGAUCAGAAUAACUCCAAAGAAAGAAAUGUACAGCCAAUCAGUUCAGUUAAUUAUCUUUGAUUAGCUUGAUGCAUGCCGCAUGAAAACUGAAAUAUACUUAUGUGCAUGAUAAAAGUCAUAUAAAUGAGCUGUGAAAGACGUUGUUGCCAUCAACAACCAUCUAUUUACAUGGUACUUCAUAUAAACACACAAGCACAUAGACACGCAACAGGAGUAUUAUUUACUUGGUUAUUUAUUUUUAUUUUUUUGUUUUGUUUCAGGCGCUGCUUGUUUCUUUGUGAAACAUGUACAGACAGGGAUGUGUAUUUAUGUCACAAGUCUACUACAGACGGAAGCGUCUUGGGGAAACAUUACUUUUCUGGAACUUUCCAACAACUGUUUGGAUCCAGCUGCUCAGUCUCGGUUUCUUGAUAAUAGUGCCAUGUUCAAUUUGGAAAGAAAGGGAUGUUUCGAGGGAACAACUAGGGCUGGUAUUGGUUUUCGUCUUUCUAUGUUGUAUUUGCUCCUUGCUACAGAUCCUUCAGCUAAUUGUCGUGAUAAGGAACAUGCUAUAACCCAGACCUCUUGGGGAGGUUUAUCUGUACAUUAUAUACCUAAUAAAAGAACGCGGUGCGCAGUCCCUAAAACAUUCUAUAGACUUGCUAAUUAUUAUGGAAUAGAUCCCUACAUCGGAUUGACGUCAGAUUGUAACAAUGCAGAGGAUAAACGUUUUAACUUUGGUAAGUUGCUUUUAUUUGUUUGAAGUUAAUUUGUUUGAUGUCUUUGCACAUAAAAUAUGUGGUUUUGCAGUCGGCAUUUCAUAUUAAAUUUCUCACACCAUUGCCGCUAAUCUACUCACUAUUUAUAAAGGCUAGACGUCAAGUCAUAAACCACUUGUAUUAAGACUUAGCUGUAUGUAGUAAAAGCUUUAUACCUUUUUCAUACAUAUCGGAAUGAUUCAAUUACAUCGGGAACUGCUGACGCCUUAAUUUUAACCAUAAAAGCAAAAGCUGUAUAUAUUUUAUGCUAUCAAUGAAGAAAAUAAAACGUAGCGAAUAGCGAACCGAAGACAGAGCUUUGUUGAAGUCCACGUAUAAUUAGAUUUUCCUUAUUAAGUCAAUCACGAGCAAGACUCUAUAGUUGUUCCAAAUAUUUCAUAUAAUGUUGAAUUUCUGUAUAAGAAUAUCAUGUCCAGCAAUGGUGUUUUCCAUUUUGAAUACAUCGCUAUGCCAUUCAACAAAACGUCCUGCCCUACUUGAUGCUGUCAUAGUAGUGCUUGUCAUUUCCAAAUUUCUGUUCUGUUCCAGGUUCAGUGACGUGUUAUAGAACUAUGAUAAAGAAUGCCAACUGUCCUAAAGAUCAGUACAUGGUUGUCAAGACUGCAUCUUACCGUGGAAUGCCUGCGACAAAGACAUGUGGUUUGAGUGAUGAUUAUAGUUGUGAAGUUGAUGUAACAUGUCUUGUUAAGAACCAAUGUGAUGGUUAACAUGAGUGUAACAUAACUGUGGAUGACAACUUGUUUUCUGUUAAUCUAUGUCCUGGAUUGACAAUGUAUCUCUACUUUGAAUAUCAAUGUAUUGAUACAGCGACGUCUUUUAAUAAACGUUGUGGUAUGUAGGCUAAUGAAAUUAGAAAAGUUCAGAUUUGACUCCUCCUACCGCCACCUCUCACUGGCUUAGUACGCUUGUGAUUGGUUCAUCAGAUAUAUCAAACACAUCCAUGGGCGUACCGGGCGGGGGGGGGGGGCGAGGGGGUCGGCAGCCCCUCCAGUUUGUUGGGCAAACAAAGUCAGUCGGGCAAUAUUCGCUUCAAAGUCGGGCAAUAUUAGCUUAUUAUAAAAGUAAAUGGGACAAAUUCUGUCAAUUUUGUGGGAAAUUCUGUCAAUUUUGUGGGAAAUAUGCUAUCUAAUAGGAAUUUUUGGUAAUCACUCCUCCCCCCCGUCGACAACAAUUUUGGAAAGUUUCUCCGAAAAACUCGGGCACAAUCCGAAAAAGUCGGGCAAAUUUCUUUCCGCCCCCCUAAUUUUUUCCUUCCCGUACGCCCAUGAUUACACAUCUGAUUGGUUAAUGUUCCCUUAAAAGUAGCAGUGGCGGCAGUGGAAGUUAUAUCUGAACCUUUCUAUUGUAAAUGCAAAGGUAAUCAAUGACGAUCACCCAUAGGAAUAAAUCUUGUGUAAUAAUAUAACGUUUUAUAAUGGUCAUACACACUCAAUUCAUUCAUUACCAAAUUAAGUCAUUCUCUUGUUAAUCAAUUGUUUCUUUAUAAGACCACUUAAAAAACAUUGUUUUCUAAAUUGUUGAAUUAAACAGUUUUGUAGAAAUUAGCCGUUUACCACGCAAGACAAGCCACACAAGAUUUCCCUAGGGCAUAACAUGUUGCUCAUGCAACCGCGUAUGAGAACCGAGAUUUGUGCUUGAUGAUAGUAAUUUACAUUAAUUUCUCCAUUGAAGAUCUGAUAAAAAGUCAGUAAAUUGAAAAGUGAAUCAAUGAUAUGCAAUUUGAUUUCCCUUCUUUCUAGUUCUGUUACCAGAUAAAACUACAAACCUCACGGUCACUAACAUCACGUCUAGAAGUGUUCAAAUAUUUUGGGCGGAUCCAGAGAACACAGGAGAUGACAGAGGUCGUGCAGCGGUUCUUAUAGGAUUCCUCAUUAAACUGAAGAAAGGGAACGCCUUAAUCCGGAAUGUUACCACAGAUAAAGUCAAUAAACGGAAACUAACGAAUCUCACUCCAUGCACGACAUAUGAAAUAUCUGUAGCUGCUAAAAAUAAACAUGGUUUUGGUGAAGAGACUAUUGCUUCGCUCAUGACAUCUGAAGAAGGUUAGCCUGCGAACAGGCUCUCAAGCUGAAUUGAGAGCCUGCAUCGAUGACUAAUGAAUUGGAAUAUCUGCGUCUCAAAUCGUGACGCGAAAUUCUCAUUGGUCAGAUGUUAUAAUUUAUAUGUUUCCGCUGAGCUCUAUAUAUGUCAACUGCUGAAGCACUAGGCAUAAUUAUAAAAAACACAUUUUAUAACUGAUCAAAUUGGUCUUGGCCGUCUUAUCUCAAAGCACGAAAUGUUCUGUUUUGAGAAAACAGUAUUUAAAACAUUUGAAAUUUUGCUUGAAUAUCUUAUAUUUCGAAAAACAGUAUAAACUGUACGGUUUAAAUUUAGUUUCCACGGUCUAAAUUUAGUUUGCACGAAAGUUGUAAACAAAACAAUACCAUAUAAGAAUAGACUUUCCAUAUUUGGAAAAACGAACGUUACGGGGCAGAUAUUCAAAUUCAUUAGUCAUCGAUGCAGGCUCUCAAUUCAGCUUGAGAGCCUGUUCGCAGGCUAGAAGAAGGUCAGUGUUAAAAGAUAUCCAUAUUUAUCGCCCUGUAGUGCGUGUUAAUAUUUGGACAAGUGUUGAUGUUUAAUCUUCUAGCUGCUUGUUUAUGCUCCGAUACGUUUUUGCCAACAGAAAAAAAAAAGAAAAAAAGACCUGAAAACUAAAUCAGAGCUCAUCUAACAUGGCUCACUUUAAAAUUAUUCAAAAGACUUAUUUUGCAUUUUAGAUAUAAACCUUGGUCUUAUUCUUUAGCUCCAAGCGGUCCUCCAGUGAAUAUCAAGUCAACAUCAAGAAGUGCAUCAUCAUUGUCCUUCACCUGGGAUUCUCCUGAGAAAGAUAAACAAAAUGGCGUCAUUAUCAGUUAUACUGCGUGCGUUUCACAUUCAGAAAAUGGUCCUUGCUUGGAAAUAUUUACAACCAGUAAAAGGGAGUGGAUCGUCAGAAAUUUGAACGCAUCAACAAAAUAUUAUGUUCGUGUCCUGGCCACUAAUAAAGCAGGAAGUAGUGCUUACAGUGGAAGUAAAGCAUUUUUUAUGAAUGGAAGUAAGUACGAAUAUUUAGAUAUUGUCUCACUCUGUGGUGAAGAAAACGCCUAUUCAGAAUUUCGUGUUUGCCUACUUUGAGGGGGAAGGAUAUUUUCGUGGCUCGUGAUUAGCCAUUAUUCGUGCUUCGUGAUUUAAAGAAAUACAGUUCCGUGAAUCGUGAUUAAUAUGCGUGCCGUGAAUCGUGAAGAGCUAAAAUGCUAGCUAAGGUCUUGAAUUUACCAAUAUUUACCUUAACUUGUGAAUGUUUACGUUUAAAACUCGGCCGAAAUUUAAUAUUAUGGUAAAAAAUGAAUAAAUUUGCUUCCCGCGGUUGUCUUUCUUGAGGUUGCUUCGUUUCAUCGUAAACGUCGUUAUCGUAUUCCUUCGUAUUUCUUCGUAGACUUCGUUAACCAGCAUAAUGUUUCGUAAUGCCUCGCAAUGAUUUCCAUAGUCCUUCAAAAGCUCUAAGUCAGUAAAACGUGUUUGUGUUAACAUCGAGUUCUGUUAAAUGGUUUCAGACUUUGUUACGCUUCAGUGUUUCUAAAAAUCGUGAAAAUGAAAUUUUGUUUUUCGUGAAAUCGAAAAAUGAUCUUCGUGAUUUCGUGACGAGACCCCCCUCUACUUUUAUGCCGUUCAUAAACCCUCCACAGAGCUUCGUUAUCGCAAUACAUUUUUCUGAAUAAUAUUUUCACAUUUUCCUCUAGGAGCAGCAAAGAAGGCCACAGAAGUGACGUCAAGUACACUCACAUUUUCAUUGGAAAUUCCAUCAAAAACGUUUCUGUAAGUUUAUCGACUCUUUGAUGGUACAAUAAAAAUCUAGCUUCCGUGGUCGCCGUUGAAAUAUACUUUUAAUAUGCUGAGUCUGAACUCUAUAUAUCUUGUUUUUGUCUACUGUAUGCAAAUCAUUUUUAAUUUUUAUUGCAGACAUAAGUCGACACUCUGUUACAUCGGCCACAUUCAUAUAGUCGGCAUCGUCAUGACCAAAUGGAAACUGAGCCUCCAUUGAGAUUAGUCUUAGAUAUUAAGAAGCUAUUUGGAUCUAUUAUUAACGGUUGUUAUAUUUGUAGUAAGAAUGUAAACUUUUGUUUGUAGUUAUUUCUACGUGGUGGCUUUGAAAUUAAAAGGUGGCAAAGAACCUGCAUCAUCUGACAGUUACGAGAACAGUGAGUUAGUGAAGUAUGCUGAGGCAAGAAAAUCAACCAAUCCGAAAUCUUAUAUCGCUGCAGUUGUUGCAUCCAGCGGAGUUCAUAGAAACAUGUUUAUACUUGGUGACGGCAGAAAUACAAGUGAUCCAACAUCACGAAGACGCAGAUCAAUCUCUAGUGAUUAUUAUAAUGGUCCGCUGGAACCUGGAACUAGUUAUAGUGUUUUUCAAAGGAUUGCACUCAAUGACAAGGUAUGCUACUUGCUGGUUAUCACACUUUAGAAGCAGGGACGCCGGAAAGUCGAUAAUUGGGGGGGGGGGCAGAUAUUCAUGUUCUGCAUCAUUUAUUUCCUCUGAAAGAGAUGUGAACACGAAUAUAUGAAUAUCUGCCUCCCCCCCCAAUUAUCGACUUUCCGGCGUCCCUGUUUAGAAGCUAAGUUCCAGUGUCAACAUCUCAAAACUGAAAUCUUCUGGCGGAUAAUAUACUUAACUACCAGGCACGUAAAGCGGAAACGUUUAUAUAUGCCUAACAUAGUAGGAAUAAACAUUAGCCCACACAAUUCGGAGAACACGUGAUGAAGUCAUUUGUAUAUCUAUGACUAAAAGGCCGACCAUUUAACUUUUGAGGGGGGGUGGGGGGGUGAUUUACUGCUGGCAGGGAAUUUUUUUUCUGGGAUCGUUAUGUGCAAGUUCUUUUUCCUAUCCCAUCACCAUGUACGAUUUUUUUUGCCACACUCUCUUUCGCAGCAUUUAUAUUUUCAAUAGCUUAUACUAUUUAGAUUAUUUAAUUAUAGUUAACGUUGAGUUUUCUAGCUUCAUGCAUUGCUUUUAAUAAUACAUAUUGCUAUGAGGUAUAACAUUUGGUUCAUGUAACUGGAGGAAACAUAUUUAACGGGGGACCUGGAGAAGUUCCAGUCGGCAAGUCAGUAUCACUGCAGCUACCUGCAGCAUAUAUAUGCAUGGUUUAACUAAUAAGUAUACGUCAUAGGGCAGCAGAUCAGGCCGUAACUAGGAUUCUAAGACAACCGAGUCGACCACCGAAGGUGCGAGCCUCUAGAGGGGUCUGGGGGCAUGCCUGCCCAGAAAGUUAUGGAUUUCCUGAAGCUCAGAUAAGCUAUUUCCAGCAUUUUGAGGAGUUUUCCAACAGGAAAUUAACCUUACACUAGUCCCUGAAAAUCGAACCAGCUGAUCUUCUGGGACUGGUCAAAUCGAUUCCUGCAACCAUGCUGUUUUGCAACAUUUUUUUCCCACCAAAUAAUGGGGCAGGAUAUUUUUUCCCCAGUUUGUUAGUGCAGGUAUUUUUUUUGUUCAGAAUAGCCUUGCAGAAAAUAUUUUUUCACAAUCACCUCCCCCCUCUCAAAAGUUAAAUGGUCGGCCCCUAAACAGAUAAAAACCAUCACAUCUUUUACUAUAGAGUGAAUAUUACUCCACUGACUGGAGUCCGCCUUCAAAAACGAACGAAUAUACAGGUAAAUACAGGGCCAAUUUAACUGUAUUUAUAUAUGAUUUGAAAUAAGGUAGUAAAAUCACGAGUAAAGUUGGUCCUGACAAAAUCCAUUGGAAAUAAUAGUAGCACAUUUCUGCGAUAAAAAACUAUUUUCUGUUUAGCAGGUGGCCCGCAUGUAUUGACCAAGAUGUCCAGUGGUGACAUAAAGGCAAAGGAAGGUGAUCUUGUAAACCUAAUGUGUUCUGCUCAAGGUGAACCUCCAAUUACUUUCAGCUGGGAAAAAGACCAAAAGCCACUGGACAGUAUCGUGGAAAUAGAAAAGCCCCACCGCAGUUCUUUCCUUGUUGUAACAGUGGAAGAUCAAUCAAGUUUUGGAAAAUAUAUUUGUCAUAUCCGAGACCGAUUUCAAAGCACUACUUAUACUAUUUGGGUUCAGAAACUAGAAGAUAUAGGUAAUAUAUCUCGCUCUCUUAAAUUUAUUUAAAAAAGACGUGGAUCUUUUGGUCGUUACGCGGGUUAAAAAUAAAUAAAUGCAAGCCCGAAUAAAAUAAGUUACGACGAAAGCUAAAUAAGUUGUAACUACAUUUCUUAAUAAUACAUGGUAAUAGUUUUAAUGCUAAUUAAUUAAUUUUAAUUCAAAUUCCAGGCAACGAUAAAAAUGAUGAUGGUUCUGAUAAAUAUCUUGCUGGAAUUAUAGUGUUAGCAAUUCUGCUGAUCAUUUCAGUCGUGAUUAAUAUUGCUUAUUUCAUUUAUCAAAAUCGUCGACACAAAUCAUCAAAGGCAAAUCCGGAGAACGAGAGCCGGGACAGAAAUAAUUCUAAAGAUAUUUAUGAAAAUCCUGACAAAAUCAAAGAUGAUGCGAAUUAUGAACAAGUGGAAAGUGAACAGUCGACGUAUACAGCUCUCAAAAGGACUGGGAAGGACGAAAAUGAUGAUCACUUAUAUGGCCAUCUAAAUGAAGUACACGAAGAUUCUGUGAAUCAGAAGGAAACUGGAAUGUAA